AUGUCAUCGUCUCCGCCUAAGCCGGUAGUUGGGGUAGGGGUUUUUCUGCUGAAGGGGGGCAGAGUCCUCCUGGGCCGCCGCCGCACCGCCGUCGGCCGCGGCACGUUCGCCCUUCCCGGCGGCCACCUCGAGUUCGGCGAAAGUUUUGAGGAUUGCGCAGUUAGGGAAGUGAAAGAGGAAACCGGGCUCGACAUUACGGAAAUCGAGGUUAUGACAGUUACUAACAAUGUCUUGUCCGAACCUAAACCAUUACAGAUAAUAGCUGUUCUCAUGCGUGCAAAGCUGGCAGACCCCAAUCAGACGGCCCUUAAUCUUGAGCCUGAUAAAUGCGACGGUUGGGAUUGGUACGAUUGGGACAAUCUUCCGAGCCCGUUGUUUGGACCACUGAAAACUGCUGUUGUUAAUGCAGCACCGAAUUCGCCACCACUGUGGGCUUUUUCGGUGAACUGGUGGCCACGGCGGUCUGAGAUGGGCGGAGGAAGCUCGGGCUGGACGACAGGUUGUCCGCGGGAGUUCGAGCAGUUGGAGAAAAGGGGGAAUUUCAUAAUACUUGUUGCAACUGCUCGAACUCCCGCGGAAAACCUGUCGUCCAGCCCGAGCUCCCUCCGGCCAUCUCAGACGCCGUGGCCACCAGUUCACCGGAAAAGCCUAUAG